AAGGAAGGGUGAGGCAUGUUAGCAGAGAGUUUAGGGGUUUGGGACUAGCUUAACACUUUUGUAGACUUUACUGUUGUUUAUUAAUAGACGGACGAACUCAAACAGUGGUCGGUUGCUGCUGCCAUCCCUGGUGGAACUUGGACUUUUUGCGUAGUUAAGUAAUUGACCUUAGGACUAAGAAACUCCAGUUGCUUCUGGACCCUCACAGGAGAAAAGCCUUAGCACCUCGCUCCCAUCUACUGCUGGGUCCCAGGGGUCUGGGACCGACCAGCUGCGGGCAGGAGGGCUGUCCAGUGCGUGUGCCUCUGCCAUUCUUCUGUGGCCAUGGAUGCCUCGCCGCGGCUCCUGAUCCGCGGGGGCCGGGUGGUAAAUCAGGACCACUCCCAGUUGGCCGAUGUGCUGGUGGAGGACGGCGUGGUGCGGGCUGUGGGGCCCGACCUCCUAGCGGCUGGAACGUCAGCCGAGGGGCUGAGGAUCAUCGAUGCCACCGGCAAGCUGGUGAUGCCCGGGGGCAUUGACACUCACACGCACAUGCAGUUGCCUUUCAUGGGAUCCCAGUCCAUCGAUGACUUCUACCAGGGCACCAAGGCAGCUUUGGCUGGAGGCACCACCAUGAUCAUUGAUUUCGUCAUGCCUCAGAAAGGCUGCUCCCUUAUUGAGGCCUUUGACAUGUGGAGAGGCUGGGCAGAUCCCAAAGUCUGCUGUGACUAUUCACUUCAUGUCGCAGUUACAUGGUGGAGUGACCAGGUCAAAGAAGAAAUGAGAAUUCUAACACAAAAUAAGGGUGUUAACUCUUUCAAGAUGUUUAUGGCCUAUAAAGACCUGUACAUGAUUAGAGACCAAGAGAUGUAUGCAGCAUUUUCUCAGUGCAAGGAAAUGGGAGCGAUUGCUCAAGUCCAUGCUGAGAAUGGAGACUUGAUUGCUGAGGAGUCAAAGAAAAUGUUGGCCCUGGGGAUAACAGGUCCUGAGGGCCAUGAGAUGUGUCGUCCAGAGGCCAUAGAAGCAGAAGCCACUCUGAGAGCCAUCACCAUAGCUAAUGCUGUGAGCUGCCCACUCUAUGUUGUCCAUGUGAUGAGCAAGUCCUCAGCUAAGAUAAUAGCUAAUGCAAGGAGAGAAGGAAAGGUGGUCUUCGGGGAGCCGAUAGCUGCUGGUCUUGGAACAGAUGGGACUCACUAUUGGCAUGAAGAAUGGCAUCAUGCUGCCCACCAUGUCAUGGGACCCCCGCUAAGACCAGAUCCUUCAACUCCUGAUUUCCUUAUGAAUCUACUGGCUAAUGAUGAUCUCACCACCACUGGGUCAGAUAACUGCACUUUCAGCACCUGCCAGAAAGCCCUCGGGAGGGAUGAUUUUACCAAGAUCCCUAAUGGGAUCAAUGGAGUUGAGGAUCGAAUGUCAGUCGUAUGGGAAAAGGGUGUGCAUAAUGGCAAAAUGGAUGAAAACCGAUUUGUUGCUGUCACCAGCACGAAUGCCGCUAAAAUCUUUAAUCUUUACCCAAAGAAAGGAAUAAUUGCUGUCGGAUCUGAUGCUGACAUUGUUAUUUUGGACCCAAAUGCAACAAGGACUAUUUCUGCAAAAACUCAUAAUCAAGCUGUUGACUUCAAUAUAUUUGAGGGAAUGGUCUGUCACGGGGUACCCGUUGUGACUAUUUCAAGAGGCAAAGUGGUAUAUGAAGCUGGAGUUUUUAAUGUCAAUGCAGGAGAUGGAAAAUUUAUUCCUCGGAAACCAUUUGCUGAAUAUGUUUACAAACGAAUCAAACAGAGAGAUCAGACUUGCAAGCCUACUGCAGUGAAGCGACUCCCCUACAAAGGGGAAGUGAUUGUGUUGAAGGCCAGUGGAAAAAAAGAAGUUUCAGCAUCUGCAACCAGGACAUAGGGCCAUCUCUAAGCCUUUGCUUUAGCAUUCUCAGGUAAAUAAAGCCAAAGGAAAAGGACCCAGAAUACAGUCCCUCCCGCUCAGCCAAAUGCCAGGCAUGGUCUUAUUGAGAAGCACACCUGAUAUCACCACCCAAGAAUAAUUGUGAUGAAAAUUCUUUUCUCUCAGAAGUAAAAUCUGCCUUAUUGCUGGAAUUUUACACAAAAUCAAAUUAUAGAUAUAAAUGAAGAUGAUGAUUUUGGAAAUCUGUAUGAAGGCUAACCAGAAAUCAUUUAGAAUAGUGUCAUUACUUGUCUUGAACAUUUUAAUUUUAUGAAUAGAAGUUAUAUCAUAUUCAGGAUAUAUCUGCCAUUAAAACAUGCAAUUUUCUCUGUUUAUUGUAAUUAAUAAUUUUUUUUAGAUCCUCAUUAGCUGCUUAAAGCAUCAUCUAUCUGUAACAAGUUAUAUUUUUUCCCUGAUACUAGUGGGGUUAGAAUUCAGCAGCAUGAUUUCUCAAAUGUAGACUUUCUCCACAAUUAUAAAAUAAAUUUUCCAUGGAAUCAGA